CUCAAAGCAAUGGAGCCAACAUCUCAGCCACCUACCAAAAUGGAUGAUACAUUUCUACGUCAUAAGAUUCGUGAGUAUGCAAAGCAGCAACGACACAAUUUGCGCACAAAUGCAAACGAUGCUCUACGUUUCGGCUUGGGUCAAAUCAAGCAAGAGAUUUGUGAGUUGGAAAAUCUGAGAGUGAAGGAUGUGCAGGGCAUGGCAGGACGCAUUAAGCGACGCAAACAUGCCACUACGGAGGAUAUGUAUCGCCUGAGUCAUGCAUUUUUGCAGGGCAAUGAAAAUAUCAAUGCGUUUGCAGCUACACCAGGCGCCAUACAAGUCAUUGUCAAGGAAUUAACGGGUCCAAAUGAAAUGCGUCGAAUGGAAGCCGCUGACUGCUUGUGCAAUCUGUCACUUGGCGAAGCCCAUGUUUGCGAGAAGAUUACCACCUUGGCGGGCAGCUAUCUGGUGACUUUUUUGCACAGCCAGGAGUCGCGUUUGGUGCGCAGCUGCCUCUGGACAUUGGCAAACAUUUUGUUCAGUUGCAACAAAUCAGCAAAGAAUCUGUUGCAAAUGCAGCUGGUUACAAAGUUAUGGAAGCUCUAUACCGCGCCUACAGAUGAUGUGCAUGCUUAUCAAGACGACGCAGGUGUUUGUCUGUAUUUAAUAGCCGCACAAGUGGCGUCUGCCGUCUCUAGCGAGGAUCGUCAUUACAUUGCAGAACAUCUCCAGGAAAAGCAAGCAACAGACCCCGCUGCCGACUACUAUAUGUUUAUAGUAUACCAAUUUGAAGUUGUGAAUAUGGAGCUUGAAGGACAUUGGCAGCAUUUGUAUAAUUUUUUUGUGGCUGAAAGAAAGUUUGAUCUAGUCAAGCCAACAGAUAGAUUAUCCUUACUCUACGGUGUGCGUGUAUGGGCUAAUAUUUUAGCAAUGAAUGUUAAAAUCAAGAUAGAGCACCAACCAUUUAUUAGCACACUAAAUAAAUUAUUUGGUCUACGAGAUGAGGGGUUAAACAAAGAGCUACUGCAACUGCUUCGAAACUUUAUUGAACUGUCUUCUGUAAAUUGUGUUCAAAUUCUAGAACGGAUACAAGUCUUUGCCUAA